ACAGUGCCACACUCAAUAUGGCGGAAUGGUGACGCCAAAACCAAACUUUACGUCAAAGACGGUCAAAGUUCAUUUGUAUUUUCCCGGGAAAACGAUCUGCCGUUCUAAUCCACGUGACUGCGAGUACUAUAUAUUUAAAGAUCUCUUGCUCCGCAUGUACAUUAGAGCCAUGGAGAAGAUAACAGAGCAGAUACUACUGGAGAAGAGCUCUCCAAAGACAAACAGAUUGGAACAGAUCAAGAUCCUCAAUCUCUCACGUAUGGGUCUGAAGGGCGAGGAUCUGCCUGUGCCUCUGCUAUCGAAACUGUGUAGUCUGGAGCAGUUGGAUUUGUCUGGGAACAUGCUGCAGGAGAUUCCCAAAGGCCUCUGUCUGCCCUCCCUGAAGAUCCUUAACUGCUCAAACAAUGAUAUGGAGGAUGUAGUGUCACUGGAAGCCCUGAGAAACGUAGAGGAACUUCGACUAGAGGACAACCUCUACCUCACAGUCAAUGAUGAACACAAAGUGAUCUUCCUGUUACCUAAACUGAGGAUAUUCAAUGGGAAGGAUAUCAGCUCUACGGCCCAUCAUAUUCGCCAUGGCAGCACCGAGAUCCUCAGGAAGAGGGUGAUUGGUGUGUGGGAACGAAGCUUCAGUCUCCCUGAUCCCAUUACAGCACAAAGUCUGGCUGCUGUAGAGAAGCGAUUUGUUCAUGCUGCCUGCACCCAAAUCAAAUAUGGUCCAAAUUCCUUGAGUGAAUACACAAAGUGGAGGGUUGAAAUGAUUGCAAAGGAAUAUUUGAAGUCACUGACAUGCAGUGAUGAAGAAGGAGGCAAAAUCACAGACACAACUCCAACAAAAGAAAAUGAGGAGUUCUUCUCAUUAGCAUGGUCCACGGUGCUGAUGUCCAGGACAGGUGGCUCUGCCCGUCCCUGCAAUAUCCUGGCAGCUGGGGGUAAGAGGGGUCUGGUGAAGCUUAUCCACCCCAGAGUCAACCUGGCAUUUGGAGAGUUUCGUGCCAGUCGACGUGCCAUUUCCAUUAUGCGCUUCAGUCCACGCAACGCUAGCUUUCUCUUCACUGGGACAUAUGAAAAUAAGAUCUUUUUGUGGGAUAUUGGUGGACUGGAUCGUGAUUACAACUUCAAAAUCAGUAAGCUGCUAGUCCUGGAGACUUGCUCCACUCCUCUGCAUCUCUCUCUGCUCCCCACGUCUCCAGACGCGCACCUCCUCUCGGGCUGUGAUGACGGGCUGUAUAUCUUUGACAUCCAGCUCAGCAAAAACACACAGAAAAGAAAUGAGGAGAUGGAGAUUGUGUUUCCAGUUUACAAGAAAAAGGACAAGAAAAACACCUACCGGACUAUUGAUGGACUGAGCUUCCUCUCAGAUGAUAUAGUGGCAUCCAAGAGCCACAUGCAGGGCUCGAUCUACCUGUGGAGCUGGAGGGCCACACGGGCUUCUUGGAAUGGCAGAAAGAAAGAGGUGCCAGCUGUUGUGCUGGCUGAGCUGCAGUGGUCCAGCACGGACGUCCCAUACCUGUCUCUAGGCACCUGUCCAGGAUAUGGUUAUGUGGUAUGUGGGGAUGAGCAAGGCAGGCUAUGGAUGUACCAUAUCACAGACACCAUGAUGGAAAAAUUCAAGAGUGGAAAAACAAUCUCAGCUACUGAGGUGCUGGAGUGGCCAUCACCGGUUAGAGCUGGAAUGGGUGCAUUAGAGGGGCCAUCUAUUAACGGCAUUGCCAUGGAUCCUGAUCUACAUUACUUGGUUGCCCUUACUGACAAGAACAUGGCUGUGGUUUGGAAGAGAGAGAGUCGAUGAGCACAAAGAAAUGUUCAGUUGCUGGUAGUAUUUCUCCUUAUUGCUUUCGCAUUUCUAGACUGAAUUUGAAUUGAGAUCAUGGUUCUGUGAGGAGAGAAGUUAAAAAGGAAAUCAAUCAGCGUACUUCACCUAUUUUAAAGACUUAUUGUCUCAAAGAGAAACUAAUGUAAAAACCAAAAACUAAUGUAGCCAUCAUGUAAAUUUGUUCCUAUUACACUUUGACUAG